AAAAAAAAAAAAAAUUGAUGGUGCAUUAAUUACUAGAUCCAUCCGGACUCCUCCAAAUUAGAGUCCUUAAAGCCAUCGUGCCUGCCGAUGGGUUUGUCGAUUUGUCGAUUUGGGACUCGGAAAGGAGAAGCAAGGGUUAGGGGCGCUCUUCAGAACCCUGGAAACAACCCACUGCACUCGCCAAUGCAGCCACGUGACAGUGCCAAGGAAUCAAUGACCCAGCAGCACAGCGGUCUUCAAUUCCUGCCGAUCCGAUCCGACGAGAACAACACCCGCCCUGCCAUUCCCAACCCACCGCACCACAACCAUGGCCAGCCUCUCAGUCCUGUCGCAAACCGCGCGGUCCGCCGCGUCGGCCACGAGGUCGCUUACCUCGUCGAUGCGCGCCCUCUCCCUCUCCUCCGCCGCCGCCGCGCGGCCCGCCAUGCAGACACAGACCCGCUCCCUCUCGCAGGCCGUUCUCUCGACACCCCGGGCGCCAACCACCCUUGGCACCCGUGCCGCCACCAGCGCAACUGCCCCGGCGGUGCAGAGCGGCGUGGCGGUGUUCCAGAGGCAGCAGGUGCGGGGCAUGAAGGUGCGCAGCGCCAUCAAGAAGCGGUGCGAGCAUUGCAAGGUCGUCCGGCGCAAGGCCAACAAACGGCACAACGGCUACCUCUACGUCAUAUGCCCCGCGAACCCGAGGCACAAGCAGCGCCAGGGAUAAGAUAAUUGGGGAUGGGUCCUGCAACAGGAUGGAGGGUCUGCUGUUUUGAUACCAGCCUGGGCGAGGAUAUUCUGUACGAUAGGUGCGCCAGAAACGUAUCGACGGGCUUGGGA